AUGAGCCUUCAGUAUAAAGUAUCUCCCAAGCUUAAAGAUCCGGGCAGUUUCACCAUUCCUUGUACCAUAGGGAAUGAGGUUUUUGAGAGGACUUUCUGUGAUAUAUGGGGAAAUGUGAAUCUAAUACCUCUUUCUAUAUAUCUAAAACUGAAAUUGGGGGAAGCGAAACCAACUACUGUGCCACUUCAAAUUACGGAUCGCUCAGUCAAACAUUCUAGGGGUAUUGUUGAGGAUGUUCUAGCCAAGUUGGACAAAUUCAUCUUCCCUACAGAUUUCAUUAUUUUAGAUAUGGAGGAAGAUGCUAACAUCUCAAUUAUUCUUCGAAGGUCAGUUUUAGCUACUGGUAGGGCAUUAAUCUAUGUUCAAAAUGGUGAGUUGAAGCUCCGAGUUCAAAAAGAGGAGGUAACAUUUAAUGUUUUUUCAGCAAUGGAAAUUCCAACUUGUUGUAGAGUUGAUGUGGUGAAAAGAGGGGGUGAUAAGCUGGAAGUCACUAAGAAAAAGUCCAUGAGUCAAUGUUGUAUUCAGAAAGUUUGUGAUCGUGUGAAAAAUGAACUUUAG